AUAUGUUCUUUGGUUGAUAACUUUUCAUUAAAUCAUAUGACGCCGUAUUGAAACGAAAUGACAGGGGUAUUUUUGUCUUUCGUAACAGCUGAUAGACCUUGCCCUUCACUGGCUAUUAUCAGGGGGAGAAGUAGCACUCAAAUCACCGCUCGGCUCUACACGAAACCAAACCAAAAUUCUUCCAAAUUCUCUUUUCCAUUCGCAUAACCUGUGUGGAAAUAUUUGAAUCAGCCGCGUUUCAGAUUGCGAGGAGAAGGAAUCCAUGACGAUGGCGUGCAGAGCACUAUUUCGAACUGUGAUGCUCACGGAGCCAUGGCGAACUUCCCCUAAUCGUACCUCAUUUACGUUAUCCUUAGCCAAUCAGAAAUCCAGAAAACCAACUUCGAAUUCGAGAUGUGGAUGUAGAAUCGUUACACAAGUUGGAGAUAUAAGUGCUGAAAGACGAAUACAUCACCGGGUUAAUUGCUCUCAUGACGAGAACCUUCCGUCAUCGUCUACUGAGAGUGACCAGGAACCUCCUCAAGAAGCCGUUCUCAAGGCUAUUUCAGAAGUUUCAAAGACCGAAGGUAGAGUUGGACAAACCACAAACAUGGUUCUUGGAGGUACGGUCACUGAUGAUUCAACAGACGAGUGGCUCACUCUUGAUCAGAAGGUAAACACUUACCCAACAGUAAGAGGGUUUACAGCAAUUGGAACCGGAGGUGAUGAUUUUGUCCAAGCAAUGGUAGUUGCUGUCGAGUCUGUCCUUCAGCAUCCAAUCCCACUGGGGCAGGUGAAGCAGAAAAUGUCAUCUGGUGGCAAGUAUGUCUCGGUCAACAUUGGACCUGUUCAAGUUGUUUCUAGCGAGCAGGUUCAAGCUGUUUAUAAUGCCAUGAGGAGAGAUGAUCGAAUGAAAUACUUUCUGUAGCCUCUAUAUUACAUAUGCAUGGAAAGUCAAACACUACACUUUGACUGCAUUGGUCAAGGGGCUUUUUUUUGGAAAUCUGCAUAAAAGAUUAGAACCCGGAUCCGUUUUUAGCCAAAACCUGAUAUGGUAAUUCAAGGGUUAUUAGUAAAUUACCUUGUUUAUCAAGUCAAGUCUUCUCAGUUGUUAAUUCUGAUUUAGAUAAUGUUCCGUUAUUUAACUUUUCCUUGUUCCUGUUCCCACAAUAGCUUAUGUAUAAAUCUGGUGGUAAUUUCAGUUAUUUUACUCUCUGCCUAAAUAGUUGUGCUCAAAUGCUUCAAACAUAUUUUGAUGUACUGUGACCUGUUAUAACUAACUAACUAUAACAUGUUAAAGGGGUCGCAAUGAAAAUUUUGAGCCGCUAAGUUUUGACAAAAUUUUCAUUGGUAAACAGUUUAACCUCCUAGCCAUGUCAAACUGGUCGAUAUGGAAAAUAUUCUCAAAAUGUUGUGGCUUUCAUUAAUGAAAAAGAAAGUUAACC